CCACAACCCGCACGGCCGUGCAAGUGACCAGUUUGGCCGUGUGGGAUUGUGCGAGAGCAAACACGGGCAGAGCAGAAAAUCCACACGGCCGUGUGAGGAUGCAUUUUGGCCGUGUGGAAUUCUGCGAGGCUUCACACGGGCAGGCUGGGUGAGCUACACGGCUGUGUGACCCUGGCCGUGUAAGAAGCCUGGAAUUCAACUAAUUGAUGCGCUGCGUUUUGACUCACACGGGCAACUGGGUGAGCCACACGGCCGGGUGGCCUGCCCGUGUGAGUCGGGAUUUUCUAGUUUUAAGCCAAUUUCCAGCCACAAGUCGGGGGGAUUCGAGUUUGGAGAGAGAUAGAGCGAUUCCUAGAGAGAGAAAGCGACGAACAAGAGUCUCCAAGUGCCCUAGCUCGAUCUUCAUCACCAUUGGAGGCCAGUUUGAGCUUGGAGAAGUGCCGAUCAACGUCCAGGAGCAGGAAUCCAUCCUUCACAGUAUGAAUUCCGCGUCUGAUUCUGCUUUUGCUUCUUUCUCCAUGGAGUAGUUCUCCCAUUCAUCUAGGUAUGGAGAACCCUAGAUUUGUAUGUUAGGUUUGAUUGUAUGAACCCAAGUACUGAUUUUAUGAUUUGAUUAUAUUCAAUUGAGGUUUGAAUGAUUGAAUGGCAUGAAUCCUGAUCAAAUUCCUGUUGUUUCUGCUUUAACCUAGAAUGAGAAUAUCUGCCUAGGUUGAUAGAGCAUCCUUGAUUGAAGGUAGGGAGUUGGUGAAUUUAGUCGAGGAGCCAACUCGCUAUUCUGUACCGGAUUUACUCCGGUAAUGAAGGUUUUGUUUGUUAAGGCCUCAAUCUGUUUACUCCGGUGGAGGUUAGUCGCCCGCUAGAGACUCAGAUUGAGAGGGUCUGAAGACCUUUAGUCGAGACUUCAGGCUGUUUAAGAACCUUCCGCAGUAUAACUAUCAUAGAAACUGAACUUGGUAAUUACAAUCCGGCUUAACUGCAGUCUAGGGGGAACCAUAUCCGGGGGACCUCUCUUAACCUGAAUACAACUGUUUACUUGCUUUGUUAGUUUGUUAGUUUAGACUUGCAUUAAAGUUUCAUUGCUAGAUAACAAGAAUUCACUGAGUAGUCAUCAAAUCUAGGACCCGGGUUGAUAAUUAAACCCAAACCCGCUAUACUACGCUUUAGGAAGUGGUUUCACUUGGCCAAUUCCUGGAGUGACAGUAGAAGUGAGUCAACCACCAUUCAAACACUUGCAUAUUUGGAUGUGCUUUUCUAGCUAAUGAAAAAGAAGAAAAUUAUGUAUGAGUUUUGGAUGCUUUGAAGAGAAGGGUGGGGGCGGUGUAGCUCCUAAGACAGUUAUUACAGAUGGGGAUAAAUCUAUGCGCAAUGCAAUUCAACAAAUAUUCCCUGAUGCAAAGCACCGUCUGUGUUCUUGGCACAUAGACAAGACCAUUAUCAGUAGAUUGAAGAAAAUUCCUAUUUUUGUUACUCGAUGGCAGUAUUUUGUUACAGCUGACUUGGAACCAUCAGAUUUUGAAGCUAAGUGGAAAUCAUUGGUUGAAGAGUGCUCACUGCAGCACAACAAUUGGGUUUCCAAUCUAUUUAACCAAAGAACUGAAUGGGCGUAUACAUACUUGUGCUCUAAGUUCUUUGCAGGUUUGGCAACAACAUGUAGAUGUGAAGGAAUGAACUCCCAAUUGACCAAUUAUAUCCAAAAUGAUAACAAUCUACUUGAGUUUUUCAUUAAUUUUGAUCGUUGGAGUAGAGAUAUGAGGGAGAUUGAGCUACACGCUGAUUUUGAAUCCAUUCAUCGUGAACGUAGCAUUACGUCCCAUGUCUUAGUAUCACUUCAGAAGAGUGUUGUUGCCUUAUUCACAAAGAAGGCAUUUUUUGUAUUUAGAGAUGAGGUUGAAAAGUCUGGAGAUUGCAUAAGAAUGGAUUCAGAGGUAUCGCCAAAUGAGCACACUUACAGGAUGACAAUGAUGGGCAAAUAGAAGGUUUUCAGGGUCAAAUACACAAUAGACCGCUUUUCCAUGGAGUGUAGUUGUAAUUAUUACAACUAUAUGGGGAUACCAUGCUGUCAUAUGGUUUUUCUACUAAAAGAAGAGGGGAUACUCGAACUUCCAAAAGACUUGGUACGGUUAAGGUGGUCACAGCAGCCGAAGACACUAGAGAGCUUACCGCAACAAGAUAAUAUCGAUGAGGGUCGACUUUUCACAUUUAGGUUUGUGAUUAUUCUAUACCUCAAGUAAUUGUCUUAUUAUCAUAAGAAAGCAACAUGUAGGUGUUUUAAAAGCUAAGCUCACCCCAAAUGAUCUUUAAUUAUAAGGUUAACAUAGAGCAAUGUCUUUUUUUAUCCAAAAUGGAUAUUCUGCAGCAACUAAACUAUGCUGACUUUCAGGUAUGGGAUUAUUCAAUAAGCCAGCUUACAAUUAUGCGUAAAAGGAGCAAAAUCUAGUGAUUGCUUCAAGUUUGCUCGUGAAGGAAUUUCAUCAUUAUGUGAAUCGCUAGACACGAUGCACAUUGGUAAUACUGAGAUACCAGACAUUCAUAGAUCGAAGGCAAAAGAGAAGUUGUUGGAUCCAUUGCCGGUGAAACAUAAAGGUUCAGGGGGUCAACAAAACAAGAAGAAGAAGAAGAAAGGAGAGCAAAGACAGUGUAGUAGAUGUGGGGAAUGGGCUCAUUAUAAAUCCACUUGUCCACACCCUCCUGGGUAUGUAAGGUCGACUACUACAGAGUCAACCCCACAGACUGAGGAAGAAGACAAUAACAAUGGUAAUCAAAACGAAGAGGAUGGUGAUGCCCUAGACAUCCAAAACCAGACAGGAACAUUAACUAAGGCGAGACAAAAACAUUGCAGAAGAUGCGGUUCAACGCAGCACAAUAGAAGAACUUGCCCAGAGUCAUCAGAGGAGGAUAGUGCUGAGGAUGAUGGUACUACUGACAUUGACGACCAACAAAGGGUAAUAUUAAGAGUUCCUUGUAGGGAUGGCAAUGGGUCGGGUUGGGGGGGGGGGGGGGGGGGGGGGUUUAGUCAAACCCAAACCCAUGGGUUUAACCGUAAAAAAAAACCGGGGUAAAACUCGGUGGGUUUGAAAAAAUCAAACCCAACCCAACCCGCUGGGUAUCCGCGGGUUCAUGGGUACCCCUGGGUUUUUGUGGUAAAAAAUUUACAAUAACAAGUUUCUUUCAAAAUAAAAGUUUAACAUCAAUUUUUUCAUACAAAUUAUUCAUACAAAAAACAACAAUCUAGAGCAUACAAGCAAACCGCAAAUGAUCAAUACAAAUUGUUCAAAAUUAAAGUUAAACAUCUAU